GCAGGGAGAGAGCUGCAGUUGAAGAAGGAGCUUACCUUGCUGUCUGCCUAUGUCUUACUCACGGGAGUAGCAGGGGAAGUCAGGUUCAGGGCAUGCAGGCCCAGCACAAGCACUCACUCACUUUCUAGUUUGGUUUGGAGAUAGGGUCUUUUUUAGCUUCAUGAUCCUCCUGCCUACACCUUCCCAGUGCUAGAGUUAAAAAUGGGCACCAGUAGGCCGGGCGGUGGUGGCACACGCCUUUAAUCCCAGCACUUGGGAGGCAGAGGCAGGUGGAUCUCUGUGAGUUCGAGACCAGCCUGGUCUACAAGAGCUAGUUCCAGGACAGGCUCCAAAACCACAGAGAAACCCUGUCUCGAAAAACUUAAAAAAAAAAAAAAAAAUGGGCACCAGUGUGCCCAGCUUCUGAGGGCCCCUUUCCUGGUCCAGGCUAGGGUAUUUUCAUCCUGGCAGGUACAGAGCUGCCUCCUAAGGAUCACAGCCCACUACUACACUGCUUUUCCUGGAUCUCAAUUUCUCUUCUCUGUUAAUCUCAUCUUUGCCACAGCCAGUGAUGUUCCUGGGCACAGCCAGGCAGGGUGAAGGCGCAGGGCAGUAAGACCACUUUUACACCUGGGCCUCUUACGGGCCUGUUGGACCUGCUCACAGUCACAUGUGUGUGCUGUGUGUGUUUGCUCUUCCGUUAUUCCAUUCACCAAUCUCUGGAACCAACAUUUGCUGCAUGGAUUUUUCUAGAUGCUACCUAUACAAGACAUCCAGGUCCCUGAAGAGACACAAACACACUUGCCUGCACUGACUCCAGCCCCUACUACCAGCCUUCCCUCAGUUCCCUGAAGGUAGGCAGAGACAGAGAGGCUGCCCAUGCCUCAGACCCCUUGCCAACCAUCUUGGGAUACCCACUCUCCUCAACUGCUUUCACCAUAUGCCUCCAUCUCUCCCACAGGACUGAAUGAGGCUCCCCUCCGUUACUUGCUACAAAGGGCUGAGCCUAGUGCCUGCAGUCAGAGUUCUCAAUCUGAAAACGCCCUCACUGUUGUGGGCCGUACUGUUAGUAAUCUGCCCAGCUACAUACCUGACCAGUCAGGAUGCCCUGAGAAGCCCUCACCCCCACCGCACACCCGAACCUAAGGUGGGAGUCCUGGGGAGCCAUGGAGAGUCGUGCUCCACAGCAACGUCUAUCACUGGCUUUGCUUGCCUACUACCUGCCUUGGCUCAGCCGAGAUGGUACCUUGUGGACCAGGCUUACAACAAAAGGGCUGGACUAGUGCCCAAUUCCUGUCCUGAAGUCUGUGGGACCUGUUUCCAUGCUACCCUUUUUAGUAACUUCCCUUUGGAGGUAUAUGAGGACUGAUGAAUUUUCUGCUAUUUGCAACCAAAAAAGCCUGGUUGGUAGAACCACCCACCCCAUACCAGACUCAUCCCAAGAAUCUCAUUUACCCGUCAUAAUUUGUAGGAACCAUAGUUGACUCUACUCCGUAUCUGAGGCCUUGAGAGGUUGGUUGAACCUUGGCCAAGAUUAAUCACCUAAUUAGUGGCAGGCCAAGAUUCAAAUUUCCCCUCUGUGCACCUUUAAGCACCUUCUAAGCAUUCUUCGGUUAAAGCACUAGCCCUGUUUUGCACCUGGGAAGCUGAGCCCAGAAGAGGUCAUGAAAAUGAAUAGAGGCCAGAUUCUCCGGAGCUGGGGCGGUCAAGGGGAAGAACGGAGCUUUGGUGUAAUGAGGUCACUUGUGAGCUCACAAUGCGGUUCACUUGGUGGGGCGGGGCCAAACAGGACCCCUGGGUAGAGGGCAGGGCCGAGGCAGCAUGGGCAGUGGCCUCUAGUGACCAGUCCUACCAUGGGAAACAGCAAUUCCCACAAGAGGACCAAAGCACCCAGUCAGGCCAGUAAGGACAGGCCGCCUGACAUGGACAAGGCCCGUCACAAGCAGUUCUUCAGCCACCUCAAGCGGAAGAAGCCAAGUACCAAGAUCGUACUGCUUUUCCCGCUGGACAAGCGGCAGCAGCUGGCCGAGGCAGCAGCGUGCCCGUGUGCCCGGCCCGGGCGGCCGGUUGAGGAUGCGCUCGGCGCCGCCCCGACAUGCUUCCCAGGGGUGGCGCCCAUGCUGCGUGGCGCAGGCGACGGCGUGGACAGGCGCGAAGGCGCGCGCGCCGGGGAGAUGAAAAGGAUCCUGGUGCUGUUGCUGCAGCUGGAAGCACGGCUGCAGGAGGAAGGGCGUCGCGCGGCUGGCGGGCGGGGGGCCGGGGCCAAGGCCCAGCAGGGCUGGCAGCCGCUGUACGCGCACCUGCUGACCCACCAUGAGGUUUGCAGCGAAGGCGACCCCCGCGAGGAGCAGCCGCGCAAGCGGCGCCGCUGCCCUCGCCCGCGGCCCUGAGUGCUUGGCACGGCUCCCCCGCGCUAGGACUCCGCUCAAUAAAGAGCACAUAGCAACCUGGGCGUCUUCCACUUCUGUCCCUGCUGAGGCCGCCGGUGAGUAGGAAUGAAGCAGAGCCAUCACCACGACCUGGAGCUAGAGCUGCGCCUAUCUUUGUGGCACAAAAGUCAGCUCAUGCCAGACCCAGAGGCUCAAGUUGGGCUUGAGCAAUCUAUACUUGGCUACGCUUGGCAUAACCUGUUUUCACCAAAGGCUUGAGGUCUUCUAAAGUCCUCAACGUUCAGAAAUCCCUCAUAGGCGGAGGGAGGGUCCCAGGCUCCUAGCAGUCAUCAUACCAGGAAGAACAGGGAGGCUGGCUAGCCAUGGUGGUGUGGAACUACAGAGUCCACCUAUGGCAAAACACUCAAGAAGGGUUUGAGAGCUGGGCAGUGGUGGCACACGCCUUUAAUCCCAGCACUCGGGAGGUAGAGGCAGGCGGAUCUCUGUGAGUUCGAGACCAGCCUGGUCUACAAGAGUUAGUUCUAGGACAGGCUUCAAAGCUACAGAGAAACCCUGUCUCGAAAAACAAAACACAAAAGAAAAAGGGCUUGAGCCUCUCUGGUCUCACUCCUGCCUGUGAGUGAUCAGUAACUCCCAAGCUUUCAAUUCCCCAAAUUUUCAGGUCAAAGCACUUUUCUCCCAAGGUACCAAAUUUCAUCCUCUACCCCACAUGUAGCCAAAGCUUCUUCCAAACCGCGAUUCUAAGGCAGCUCGCUUCCCCUGCCACCACUGCCCAGUGUUUCUCCACUAGCCCCACUAAAGCCCAAGGCUAAAAUUGGGACGUGCUUGCCCAUCUCCCCAGCCUGUCUGCCCUCAGUUCCUGCCACCUGCUUUUUCCGUACUUUCGUGGCACCAGUGGGCUUCAGAGUCAUUCUUACUCCUCGUAUCAUUUCUGAGAGAAGCAGCACGCUAGGGGAGAAGCAGCUGCUGGCUUUCUUGGAUCCCACACCCAGCUUCCAGAACAGACCCUAAAGCUACCAUCUCCAGUUGUAGGCAGCUGGGGUAAUACCAGCACUCAAGAGGAUGAGGCAGGAGGAUCUUGAGCUCAGUGCAGCAGAUUGCUUCAGGAAACAAAAACUCCGAGUCGCCUUUCCUGCCACACAUUGAUGACUGACUCAGAAGGGCU